GUCCAAAAUAUUUGGACACCAAAUCAACUGAACACGUGGGCUAUGAUAGCGGGUUUGUUAUAGUGGUGUUUUAAUACAUCUACCCGACGGUCCUUGAAUGCAGCAUUAGGUUUGGGUUACACCUCAAGUGCUUGCAAGAUGCUAAACAAAAAUACGCAAUUUUGGCAUUUAUGGGGAAAACAACGAGUCUUUGUUUAAUAUUGACGAGUCAGGAUGGACGAAGAAGCAAAGACACCAACAUGGGAUCUGUUGGACUUGCCCUGGGAGGAUGUACUUGUCCCACAUAUUUUGUGCUACUUGCCACUUCAACACCUCGUCAGCCUGCAGAGGGUGAGCAAGCAGUUCCACAGCCUCAUCCAGGUGUAUCUAGCAAACUGUAGGACAUUUGAUCUGUCCCCGAUUGGACCAUCCAUUCCCAAGGAAGCAUUUUGCUCCAUGUUAAAAGACAACAAAGUCCUCCACAGCCUGUCCAUGCAGAACUGCUCAGACUGGGUGUCGGACAAGGAGCUGCUGCCAGUGAUCGGGCAGAACCAGCAUCUGCAGCGAGUGGACAUGAGCGGGUGUGCUUGGCUCACCCGACACUCCCUGGUGGCUGUGUCCUUGAGUUGCAUGCACUUGCAGCACCUGGGCCUGGCUCAUUGCGAGUGGGUGGACAGCCUGUCUCUGCGCAGCCUGGCUGACCACUGCGGGGGGCUUGAGUCGAUCGACCUUACUGCCUGCCGCCAGCUCAAGGAUGAUGCCAUCUGCUACCUGGCGAAGAAGUGUCUGAAGUUGAGGUCUCUAUCACUGGCGGUCAACGCAAACAUCACUGACGAGUCAGUGGAAGAAGUGGCCAAAAACUGCAGGGGCCUGGAGCAGCUGGACCUGACUGGUUGCCUGCGGGUCAGGAACCAGUCCAUCAGGACUCUCGCGGAGUACUGUCCCAAACUGCAGUCCCUGAAGGUGAAUCACUGCCACAAUGUGACCGAGUCCAGUCUGGAUCCUUUACGGAAGCGCAACGUGGUGAUAGAUGUAGAGCCGCCUUUACAGAGGGCUCUGGUGCUUCUUCAGGAUGUGCUGGGAUUUGCUCCGUUUAUCAAUCUCCAGAUAUAACAUGAGGGCCAUCCAUCUAUCCAAAUAGAGCGCACAGGUGUCUUUGUCCGAGCAGUCAUCCUCAGCUGCAUGAAAAGACACGUGAGUUACCCUUAAAAAAAAAAGUCUUAACUGUCUCAAGAUAAUCCAUGAAGACCUGGAUGUUUUGCACUCAAGAGACCUCACUUGAAUGUGCUUAAAGUUGCACAUUUAAGAACUCUUUAUUUAAAACUGAAAAAAAGCCAUGAACUUUUGAGGAUUUCUGCCACACGUCCAAAAGAUGUCACUUUUGCUCUUUUUUGUAAAUCAUCGUGUUAUAAGUAAUAAAAUGUCAUAAUGUGGCUUUGUAGAAGAGCUGUUCUAACUUACGUACAGCGAGGCUUGUCUGCCAAACAAAGUACACAAUUAACUUUGUGUAUACAAUAAUAAACAACAUUUAUCUUUAUGUUUCAUUUAGAAACAUUAAAUAAUGUUUGAGUUUAAUUAAACGUUUACUUUUGCAUGUAUGUGUGAGUUUUAAAGGAUAAUUCACCCAAAUGAUCUCUGAAACAUCCUCCGCUUCUUCUACUGCCAUCACAGUACGAUGAAUCUAAUAACAGUGAGUGUGUUUCAGAGAAAAAGCUCCGGCUCCUCAGGAUUAUUCACACACAUCCACUCACAGUUAUUUAGCAAUCUGUUGGCCAGCUUUUGUUUCUCAUGGUCAUAGUUAUGUUAAUACUAUCUGCGUGGCUAGAUGCCGCCUGAGAUUAGUGAGACGUGUGUUUUGUGUUGCAAGAGAAUCAACCCUUUAAUUCACCAUGUUAAUAAAUACAGACACGUCUGGCUCAGCUGAUGUUUAGGAAUUCAUCAUGACCUUUUUCCAUCAAACCUGUAAAAUCUUUUUUUGUAAAAUGUGUCUUUGUGUUGAAUGCACUUACCCAGUUAUACCAUGUAUAAAUUAUAUAUGAAAUAUUAAAUUGUAAAAUGCAAA